AUUUGGGGCAGUGCUACAGAAGCUGUCUCCAAUUUGUCUCAGCCCUACGAAUAGUGGCAAACAAUAUACGAGCGUUCGCGAGAUGUUCGCCAAGAUUCGAGGAGAGGGGGGCCCACUGCUGACCCAUUUUUGCAAACUCUGCGACGUCGAGGAUGAGAUGAGCUCCAAACCUUAUUCUCAUUUUCAAGGCCGAUCUGAGGGGAUCCGCUUGUCCUUGCCCUUCGGCUAGAUCCAUGUCUCAGAUCGCCUGGGAGGCGCAUGUCUCGGGCGGCGUGUGGCCUGCAAAUCCCAUCGAACAGGCCUGGCACUCGAAUCACGGCGUGUGCAAGAAGUGGGGUCGACCAGCCAGUGGACGGAGGGACAUCAGUUUUUUGGACGUGAUCUUGGAAAUCCGCGAGACUCGUUGCAGGAAGCUGCGCAACUGUUUCCCGGCUAUUCGAGCAUCGCUCAUCAAAGUUCUCCUCUCCACCUUCACUUCCCAGCUGAGCGUCGACCGUUGUACGUACGAGCACGCAGCCGCAUGUAUAGGGUCCCGGGCAGCCGGACCGCUCCUGGUCAGAGCAGAGGAACCGGAGGUAGGUGACUCAAAGGGCACUACUGCGAAGCAUUGCAUACUAGCUGCGGGAGAAGCGCAAUGGAGGUGGAGAUUUGGACGACGUCCGGACGCCGGAGGUGUAAAGAUUUUAGGUCGUCGCAGAGAAUGGUGGAACGACAUGCCGAGGCCAGAUGACGGGGCGGGAGGUGCACAGACGCCCGCAGACAAACGCUGUAUCCUGGUGGUUUGAACUCACAAGCCAGAUGGAGAUCUAAUCGGAUGCCUUACCUUGCCAUGUGUCGUUGGCGCGGUUAACUCGAUCCUUUGGGAACCCUUUCGUCUCGUUUUGGGCCGGCUGU